AUGGAGGAGACGAGAACAACAACAGUCCUGGUCCCCCAUCCCACCCUGAUGUCCCAAGAGAACAGGACACCGAAUGAAAGGACGCAACAUACGAGCAAGGUGAAACCCUCUAAGAGUCGGCAGUGUGUGUUCACUCAUGGUCUCCAUCGCCUGCAUCAUUUCCCCUGCGACAGCCCGGUGCGUUUCCUGCUGUUCUCUGAAGCUGAUGCUGCCUUCAUCAGCCUCCACUCAGACAACACAGCCAGCCUCUACGGAGCCGACGGCCACACACAUACCUCCUCACAAUACUUCCCUUUCCUGGGCCUGACAGCCUCAAAGACCCUUGGCUGUUUGGUGGGCUGGGGCCCGGGGCCAGUCUUCACACUCCUGGAUGAGGAUCUACAACCAGUGGAGGCUGCAAACGAUGCCCUGGACAUAAGUGUGUGUGAGGCUGCAGAUCACUCCUCAGAGCUGGUGACUGCCGGCGAGGGGAAUGUGUGUGUGUGGUCCGUGAUGCUCAUGAGGUGUAAGCUGAAGAUCACGGAGGAGCUGCAGAACAGAACAUUCACUCACAUGGCGUUGGCCCCGCCGCGGUCUGACCGGCCCCACAGAGCCUUUGUGGUGAGCGGGGUAGUCGUGACAGUGAUCGAUCUCGACGUUGGGAAGGUACUGCAGCACAAGAGGGAUCUGUGCUCACGAGACAUCACUGCCAUGGUGUUCUGCUCCCAGCUGGACUGUCUGAUCACUGCAUCAAUGGAGCUCUCCAUCAGAGUGUGGGGUCCAGACUGGGACCUUCGUAUGGCCUUUGUUGGACAUAAUGGUGUGGUGAGCUCUCUGUUCUUCUGCCCGGGGAUCAGCAUGUUGCUGUCGGCCUCUGCUGACUGUACGAUCCGGUGCUGGAGCCUUACAGACGGGGAUGUGGUGGAGGUUGUUCACACCGAGCAGGAAAACCCUCUGUUAUGUGUAGGAGGAAAUACAAAGGGAGAUGCCUUCUUCUCCUUCUCUCAGCAGGGAGUGGAUGUUUGGACCAUUAGAUCCCUGUACAGCCUGCACUGUAAAAUCAGAGGGGAAGAAGGAGCCCCUCUAAGACAGAUCUUAGUGACUCCAUUUCCAGCUCCUUACCCCAAACGUGUCCUGUGUUUGAGCGGUGAAAGUGACAUCAUGCUGGUGGCUGCCGGAACAGGAUCAGUGCUGACUUCCUUCAGAGCUCAUCAGAGGAUCCUGUGUGCAGAUUACUGUCUGCAGAGAGAGAUCGUGAUGGCUCUGAGCCACACAGGUGCACUGCUCCAGGCCAGUACGCUCACUAACCCCAUCACUGUGAUGCAAGAGUGGAACGGGAGAGGGCAGGGGGCUUGGCAGCGUAGAGACCAUGUGACUGAGAAUGACGCUCAGACUCUGCCCCCCCCUGGCCCGGCCCAAUGCCUGGUCCUGUACAGCUGUGUGUCCGAAACACAACAAUCUGUGGAGAAGUGGAGGAGUUUGCAGCAGGGAAGAGGAAGCACACACAAGAGGAAUGCAGAGCUAGAUGAUGACAAGAACAAGUUUCUGAUCGUCCUCGGCCAGAGUGGAGGCUGUGUGAGUGUCCUGAGUCUUGAUAACGGGAAGGUGUUACAAAGGACGCCGGCACAUAACGGACGGAGAGUCAAUGCAAUGCUGGCACUUCCUGAAAGCGGACUACUCCUCACAGCAGGUGAGGACCGGACGGUGGUGGUGUGGAGAGUGAACCCUUACCUGCAGGAGAGUCUGAUACAGCAGCUGAGUCUGCACUGUGAUCAGCCUCAGCUCCACAUGUCUGCUCUGGGGCCCCUGCUGCCCCUCACCUGUCAGGACCCUGAUACUGGAGCCUACACCCUGAGACACUUUAACCUCCUGGACCUCAGCCAGGUGCAUCACCAACCCAGUGAAGGACAUUCAGACUCAUUCACAGGGUUGUGCGUGUGCCCGGAUCUGGAGGUGUUUGUCUCCAGCGGUGCAGACGGGACAGUGUGUGUCUGGAAUGAGGAGAACCAGCUCAUCAGGACCCUGCAGCUGAACGCAGUGCCUGAGUGUGUGUGUUACGCUGGAUUUGGAGGGGAGGUGUUCCUCAGCAUCAGAGGGGAUCUGUACAGGAUGGACUGCACAAAGUUCCUGCCUCAUGAUUAUCAACAGAUGCUCCUGCACAUUAACUGUGCCAAGCCCCAGCCUGACACACCUGUGCUCAAGAUGCAAAAAAAGAAUAAAAGCCCGGCUAAAGAUGAGGAAGAAGAGUUGCAAAUAAUCACCAGGAACAUAUUCCUGACAGAUGACAUGUGGGAACAGAAGUGUGUGAGCUCAGUGAUUCUGAGCAUGGACCUCGCAGCGCUCCUCCAAGGCUCAGUGGAAAGCCGGAAGCCGAAGCCUCGCAGGACGAAGGAGACCAGUAAACAGGCGUUUGAAAACUACAUGAAGAUACUCUACGGGCUGCCUCUUAAUAUUAAGGUUGAUUUAGGAGAUACGUUUGACCCAGUUAAACCUGAGAUAGCCUCAUUUGAUCCUGAUCCAUAUCACAAUAAACCCCGAAGCCCUCUUGCCCCAAAGGAGGAGGAGGUCCACCCCGAACCUAUAGUACAGAUAGCUGUGAAAAGGAAGCAGAAGAAAAAGGCUCCAGCAACGAUCCCGGCCCCAAAAACCCUGAAAAAAUUCAAACUUGUUGCCAGAGUCACACCUCGGAAACCAGUCAGAGUAAAGACGUAUGAAAAGCCUCCAGAGCUCAUUCCUCCAAAAGAGGAACCUGAACCAGAACCUCUUCCUCCUCUUCGUCCUCCUCCUCCUCUUCGUCCUCCAAGGACUCCAUCACAACCCCCGCCACGGGAACCCAACCCCGUGCUGCCGACGUUCCUCAAACAGUUUGCAGACGCAGCCUGGUUUAAAGAGCUGUAUCCUGAGAAGAGGAGCCUCCCCAGCGAUCUGUCUCCAGAGUGCUUCUCCCUGCAGCUGCUGGAGCAUCUGUUCUCAUGCCGCUCUGCCUCCAGGCUGAAGCUCCUCUCCGCUCUGCAGGCGCUGCGCAGCCAGAGCCUCCUGCAGAACUCAGACCAGGUUUACCAGGGCCUCCUCCACCUGCUGCACACCUUCAUCAAACCCCCCCUGUCGGCUGGGAUUCGAGCCGCUCUGGUGGAGACGUUGAAUCUGCUGCUGCGUCUCAGAUCUGCCAGCUAUGAGUUUGUGAGGGAGCUUCUAACACUGCUGGCUUUCAAAAAGCUGGGUCUCAGAGAAACAGUGCUUAGCAAGCUGACUGCGUUAACUGUGACUGAGCCUGAGACGUGGCUAUUACCGGAGCUGGAGAGCUGGAAAUCGGACCCGUCUAACACCUGGAGCAGCCUCCACGACAGAGCCGCGUCCUGGCUGCAGGAGUGGACGUCCAAAUACAAAGAACAUGCCAGGUGUCUGAACCUCAGGAGUUCAGGGAGGUUGGACCCAUCGGCCGUCAGCAUGGUGGACAUGCUGAACUACUUCUGCUCUGUGCGGAGAGAGGAGUACAGGAAGGCCCGAUGUGUGGCUCCUGAUGGUCCCAAAAACACAGUUCUGAUGCCCCUGUAUGACUGCAGCUCUCAACCAAUCCUGCGUCUGGGAGAGACUCACAGCAUGGCCAGGACCUGGAGGCCGCCAGGUAUAAUUCUGCCUCCCCUGAGACACCGUCCCUUCCUCACACACUUCCCCAGCUUCGUCUCGUUCCCGUUACCCCGGGUCACUCUGCUCCCUUUCCACCUGUCUUCAGAGGAAGACUGGCUGCAGGCGACGUACCACCGAUACUUCAUCCCGCAGCAGUCAUACGUAGAGUACUACAGAUAAUAAAAAGACCCAUGAAUCAGCUUUAAGACUGAUUUAUUUUGGAACAGUAUAAUGCUUUCCUGUAGGAUAAAGGAGACGUUCAAGAAAAGACAAAAAUGGAAAAACAGCUCAAAAAGAAUCACUCCGAAACAAUCCUAAAUGCAGACACAUUCAAUUCAUAUGAAACACACAUUAAACAGGGUGUUGAUGUGUGUGUACACACUGAUGAGUUAAUGCCUUAUAGAAACAGCUGUUAAGGCACAUAACUUGUCAUAACAAGAGGGUAAAAAAUGUCAUCCUGAUGAUAGCGUGUCUGACAAUUUCAUGUAUACAACAAGGAGAAUUAUUAGAGUAGUAGAGCACCAUUUCAUUAAAGCACCUCACCUCCAUGCGUCCUGUUCAGAGGGAGGAGAGACACUCAGAUUUUAUACUCACUAAAUUGUCAAAAUACUCUGUCAUAAGUCCUGCAUUCUGUUGUGAUUGGUCAACCACUCAGA